CACUCACUCGGUUUGUAAAUAGCUGUGCCCCUGCAGACAGCUACACAGCGCUCAUUCUGCGCUUGGCUUUCCCCCCGGACCCCUGCUACCCUGUUCACUUUAACCAGCUUCACGCGGUGUGCCGUUCUUGUAGAGCGAGCGCAGAGCACAUCCCAGUCAGUCUUCACUUCUCCUCUCUCCCGUUCACUCCGGGAUGGAGCUGUCCUCCUAGCGCAGCAGAAGUGUACUUCAGCAGUUGGCAACUUGGUUUGACGUUAAGGAGAAGCUGAAGCAAACGUCAGUUCUUCUUCUGACAAGAUUUCUUUCACCUCCGCGCAUUAACUUGGCUGUCGCAAAUCUGCAAAAUGACAGCAACCGGACUACAUCCACGCUUUGUGCUCCUGCUUUGCUUCAUCUCCACCGCGGCGUGCAAUACGUUUGCAUUCACCGAGGAGCCUUCUGACAGAGGCGGGAAGGCGGACGGGUAUUGUAGUCGGGUAUUACGGGCUCAGAGCAAUAGGAAAGAGGGCAACAGCGAGUUUCGGCUCCGGGUAGAAGGAGACCCGGAGAGCUAUCACCCAGGGAGCACAUACAGAGUGACUGUGACUGCAGCCAGCCCCUCCUACUUCAGAGGGUUCACCCUUAUUGCCAUGAAGGAUGGUGCAGAAGGUGACAAAGACGAGGACUAUGCUGGGAAUUUUCAGAUAAUUGAUGAAGAGGAAACACAGUUUAUGACCAACUGCCCCCCUGCAGUGACAGAGAGCACUCCUCGCAGAAGGACCAGUAUCCAGGUGUUUUGGACUGCACCCCCUAGUGGCUCCGGUUGUGUUUUUCUCAAGGCUAGCAUUGUGCAGAAAAGGAUAAUCUAUUUCCAGGAUGAAGGCUUACUCACCAAGAAACUGUGUGAGAAAGAAUCCCUGUAUGGAGAUACUACUGAUAAACCAUUGCUUGACUGUUGUGCCUGUGGAACGGCAAAGUACAGAGUCACCUUCUAUGGGAACUGGUCAGAGAAGAUUCACCCCAAAGACUAUCCCCACAAGUGCAGCUAUUUAGUUCAAGUGAUGGCAGUUCCCUUGGACACAGAGCGUAGACACCUGCCCUAG